AUGUCGACUCACAAAACCCUAGUCCUUCACGCACGAGACAGGCCCCUCGUCCUCGAAACUGUCCCCCGCCCUAUCGCAUCAACAGGUGACGCAAUAGUUCGUAUCCUAGCUGCCGAUAUUGUUCCCUACAUGCGGGAUGUUAUAAGCAACAAACGCCCUUACCCGCUCUCUUUGCCCAUGACGCCGGGGAACACCGCCAUUGGGCGAAUACUCGAAGUUGGACCGGACUCAGUUGCCCUCACACCAGGCCAGCUCGUCUUCUGUGACAUUACCAUCCGCGCCCGUGAUAAUCCUGCCGUCUCUAUUCUAUACGGUAUCUCUUGGAAAGAAGUCUGGUAUUACUCAUACGGAGGAAUUUAA